AAUGGUAGAAAAAGGAAAAGACAAACAUAGCAUAUAUUUGGGAGAAGAGGGAGACAAACUGCGAAUUCAGAUAAGCUGGUAAAAAACUACAGUUGGAAAUGGAAAUGCAAGCUAAGUCCACCAUCAGAGAUACCGUGCGCGCCACCGUGGUUCAGGCGUCGACGGUCAUGUUCGACACUCCGGCCACUCUUGAUAAGGCUGACAGACUACUAGCCGAGGCGGCGGCAAACGGUUCCCAGCUAGUUGUCUUCCCUGAAGCUUUCGUCGGCGGGUAUCUUCGAGGCUCCACUUCCGGCUCCACCAUCGGCAACCGAACUCCACAAGGCAGAGACGAGUUCCGCAAAUACCACGCUUCAGCGAUCCCUAUACCAGGUCCUGAAGUGGACCAAUUGGCGGCAAUGGCGGGGAAGUACAAAGUUUACUUGGUAAUGGGCGUGAUAGAGAGGGAUGGUUACACGCUUUACUGCACGGUGGUGUUUUUCGAUUUACAGGGUGGUUAUUUGGGGAAGCACAGGAAGCUGAUGCCGACUUCAGUGGAGAGGAUAGUGUGGGGAUAUGGAGAUGGGUCGACGAUGCCGGUUUUCGAUACUCCGUUGGGGAAACUUGGUGCUGUCAUCUGUUGGGAGAACAGAAUGCCCCUUCUCAGAACUGCAAUGUACUCCAAAGGAAUUGAGAUAUAUUGUGCACCUACUGCCGACGACUGGGAUUCAUGGCAAGCAACAAUGGCACACAUUGCAGUCGAGGGCGGCUGUUUCGUACUGUCGGCGAACCAAUUCUGUCGAAGGAAAGACUACCCGCCUUCUCCGGAGUAUCUAUUUACCGGGAUGGAAGAAGAACUGGAGCCAGAUUCUGUUGUGUGCAAGGGUGGGAGUGUUAUCAUAUCACCUUCAGGAACUGUUCUUGCUGGGCCUAAUUACUCUGGAGAGGCAUUGAUCUCUGCUGAUCUCGACCUUGCAGAGAUUGCUAGGGUGAAAUUCGACUUCGAUGUGGUGGGGCAUUAUGCAAGGCCGGACGUUUUCAGCUUGAUUGUUAAGGACCAUCCGAUGAACCCAGUUACCUUCAUGUCCUCGACUGGUGCGGAAUCAGAGAAGCCUGUAGCUGGUGGUUCUGGAAGGUAAGAGUAGCAGGGAUUGCAGGAUGACUUCUGUCCAGAGGUUACAAUGUUUCUAAGCACUCAGUAUCUGCAAGCUUGACUUAUGGGAACAAGUAUUUUUCAGUUGCAAUAGAUACUCUACUAAAUAUUUCCCGUCAUCUUGUCAAUGGAAGAACUUGACAUAUGUGGGAGGAGGAGUAAUUCUCUCACUCCCUUAAUUCAUUAUCUUCUGACUCUUCAUUACUCUUAACACAUUUACUGCCAUUCUAUAACGAAAGUGCUUGCCUGUUAGGGAUGGCAAUAAAACCUAUGGCCUGUGGGUAUCCGAUCGCCUCUGACCCAGUCAACGCGGGGAAUCCCCGCUUUGACCGGAUAUGGGGCAGGUAUGGGUAAAACCCGCAAAAAGUUUGAUGGGUAUGGGGCGGGUAUGGUUUUGACCUCCCCGCCCCAUACCCAUACCCGCCCCACCAAGAGAAUUUCUUCACAUAUAAAAAAAUAUGUGGAUUAAAUUGUAAUCUAUCAAUGGUGAUAAGGAUAACUCAAGAAAAUAAAUAGUAGAAAUGCAAUUGAGUGACCAUUUUAAUCAAAAUCUAAUUCAUUUUCCUCAAUUCUCCUUUCACUUUUCCCCUUGUCUACAAGAUUAUGAUAGUUAAUUAUUACUUAGUAGAUGUAUAAGAGUUAGAAGAUAAUAAUUUGAAAAAUAUUAUACUCUAUAUUAUGUAUUAAUGGAUGUUUUAGGAUCAUAUACUUUGAACCGUAUUAAGAAAAUGAUCGUGUUUUGUUGACUUCAUGAUAUAAUAGGUUCGUUUGGAGUAAUAACUAAAACUUUUCUUGUAAAUUUUAGGUAUAAUAAUGUUGGAUGUAUGGGUACGGGUAUUACCCAUGGGUACCCGAAACCCACGGGUAUGGGGAUGGGUUUGCAAAACAUUUCCCCGCAUGAGUAUGGGCGGGUAUGGAUUUAGGUAUUUGAAGAUGGGGAUGGAAAUGGUUUAGACAAACCUGUCCCAUUGUCAUCCCUACUGCGUGCCUGAUUGAUUAUGUGAAUGAAGCACAUCAAAUCAAAGACACAAGAUUUGAUUUAUUAAUGUCCAUACAUUCAUUACCAUAUACAUAAAACAUAGUAGCCACAACAUAAUGAAUAUUUUAAAUUAUGUCAAGUCAUAAAACUUAAUCAAAAUGGUUCCAUGGUCUAGUGGUCAGGACAUUGGACUCUGAAUCCAGUAACCCGAGUUCAAAUCUCGGUGGAACCUUUGCUUUUCUACGUUUUUUUCCCCAGUAAUGAAAUUCUGAAAAGAACGGCCCAUGGGCUCGUGGCCCAAAUUGAGAGUGGUUUUGGUGGGUUAACCAAAACUGAGAAGUGACGGGUGGAGGAGCAGGGAAGUGGGCCAGCUCGGUCCCAAUUUUGACGGGCCUCUUCGAUCGCCGGAGCGCUCGACGGCGCCAGCCAUCCGAUCAGCCCGAAACCUAUAACGCUCAGAUCCCCUCGAAAAGCUUACUGCUAUCCCCAAAAUUCACAGCAAACCACAAGACUAAUCUUAGUUUACCAAACAACUUCAUAAAAAUUUAAAGGGUUCGGAAAAUGUUCAAAUGAAUACAUAUAUACCACAUGAACUUGCCACCUAUCCACUUCAAUUGGAGUUAUUUGUGAGUUGAUCAAUGUCAAAUCGCGGAUUAACCAUCACAUAUACAUUGCCUAUACUACUUACUAUUCCGCUCUUUUGUAGGUUUGAUUGUUGGGUGGAAGCUUCUACUUGUAUGUUGUAACAGCACAAACCCUGGGCAGGGAAGGGCAGGUCUGACCUCUACUGAGCUUCAAGUCAAGUUUUGGCAGCAAAUUGUGAAGAAGUUUGAUUCGUCCUACCCCGUUGACCAGGCCAGUGUAGAAUGAAUCUUGGACCGGUCA